GGGGAUGCCCAGGUGCGUCUCGGAGCGCAGCGCAGCCCGUACACGCACACCUUCCUACUGCCAGGUAGCUCUGACUCUGUCCCCGACUGGAUCUCACUUCAGCAAAGCACCAAGACCCGACCUUCACCAUGGCUCCUGGGGAGAAGAUCAAAGCCAAAAUAAAAAAGAACUUGACUGUGACCGGUCCUCAGGCUCCCUCAAUCAAGGAGCUGAUGAGAUGGUAUUGCUUGAACACCAACACUCACGGCUGCCGUCGGAUUGUGGUGUCCCGGGGCCGGUUGCGCAGGCUUAUUUGGAUCCUGCUCACGCUGUCGGCCGUGGGGCUCAUUUUGUGGCAGUGCGCCCUGCUGGUCCUCUCCUUUUAUACCGUCUCUGUUUCCAUCAAGGUCCAUUUCCAGAAGCUGGAUUUCCCAGCUGUCACCAUCUGCAACAUCAAUCCUUACAAAUACAGUGCUGUAAAAGAACUUCUGGCUGGCCUGGAUCAAGAGACCAAAAACGCCUUAAAGAAUUUAUAUGGACUUUCCAACAUCACGUCUCGGAAGCGGCGUGAGACCAUUCCCCCACAAUCAGCUGAGGGAGAAAACCAUUCAAAAUUCUUGAACAUCCUCCCUCUUGUAGUCUUUGAGGAAGAUGAUACGAGCAAGGAAGCCACCGAUCUCCUGACAGGAAGAAAACGGAAAAUCAGCGGCACCAUCAUCAACAAGGCCUCUGAUGUAAUGCAUGUGCAGGAGACCAAGAAAACCGUGGGCUUCCAGAUGUGUGCAAACAAUAGCACCAGCGAAGACUGUGCAACCUAUACUUUCAACUCUGGGGUCAACGCCAUUCAGGAAUGGUACAAGCUGCACUACAUGAAUAUCAUGGCACAGGUGCCCCUGGAGAAGAAAAUCAACAUGAGCUACUCUGCAGAAGAGUUGCUAGUGACCUGCUUCUUUGAUGGGGUUUCCUGUGAUGCCAGGCACUUCAGUCUUUUUCACCAUCCAAUGUAUGGGAAUUGUUACACCUUCAAUGGCGCCACCAAUAACACCGUCCUCAGUACUUCUAUGGGAGGCAGUGAAUAUGGGCUGCAGGUCAUCCUUUACAUAGAUGAAGAAGAAUAUAACCCCUUCUUGGUAUCAUCAACUGGGGCUAAGUUCGUUAUUCACCGACAGGAUGAAUAUCCCUUUAUUGAAGACAUAGGAACAGAGAUUGAGACAGCCAUGGCCACUUCAAUAGGGAUGCACCUGACAGAGUCUUUCAAGCUGAGCGAGCCAUAUAGUGAUUGCACGAAGGAUGGCAAGGACGUGCCCGUAGAGAGUAUCUACAAUGCCACCUAUUCUCUUCAGAUAUGUCUUCACUCCUGUUUCCAGAGGCAUAUGGCGGAAAAGUGCCACUGUGCGCAGUAUAGUCAACCUGCACCAGAAAAUGUCUCCUACUGUAAUUACCAGAAACACCCCAACUGGAUGUAUUGUUACUAUAAGCUGCACCAGGCAUUUGUCCGAGAAGAGUUGGGAUGUCAGGCCAUCUGUCGGGAACCUUGCAAUUUUAAAGAAUGGUCUUUGACCACCAGCCUGGCUCAGUGGCCAUCUGACAUUUCAGAGAAGUGGAUGCUGAACGUUCUCACGUGGGAUCAAGGCCAAGAAGGAAACAAAAGGUUAAACAAGACAGACUUAGCCAAACUCUUGAUUUACUACAAGGAUCUGAACCAGAGAUCCAUCAUAGAGAGCCCUGCCAACAGUAUUGAGAUACUGUUGUCCAACUUUGGGGGGCAGCUGGGCCUAUGGAUGAGCUGCUCUGUGGUCUGUGUCCUUGAGAUCAUUGAAGUCUUCUUCAUUGAUUCCUUCUCCAUCAUUGCCCGGCGCUGGUGGCAGAAGAUCAAGAGGCGAUGGGCCCAAAGGAAGACCCAACAGGGCCAAUCAUCCUCUGGCAACCCUACGGACCUCACUGGAUGUGACAAUCCAACCUGUGUUCUUGAUGACGACCUUCCUACCUUCAAUACAGCUCUGCGGCUGCCACAGGCCCCAGGGGGCCAUGUGCCUGGGACCCCACCACCCAAGUACAACACUCUGCGCAUCGAAAGGGCCUUUUCUAACCAACUUGAAGACACCCAGGACUCAGAAAAGCCCUGA